AUGUCUGUAGGGGAAUGUGAGACAAAAAGACGUCUCAAACUCAUCUCCACAUUUGUCAGACUUAUGCCUGUAUUGUUUGAGGAUGGGACUGAUCCGUUGUUGGCAGAUGAUUGGUUUGACCAGGUGGAAAAACAUAUUGAUGCUUUGGUUGAAAAUGAUUCUGUGAAGAUUCUGUUGGCUACCUACAACUUUACUAGGGAUACCAAAUUGUGGUGGAAGUCAGUGCCUAACAAAAUGGACGUGAAGACAUUGUCGUGGGAUGCUUACAAAGAUUUAUUUUACAAUAAGUUCUUUCCUGCGACUAAAAGAUGGGAGCUGCACAAGGAGUUUAUCUCUCUGUUUCAGAACAAUUCUAUGACAGUGACAGACUACGAGAAUAAAUUCACUUCUCUUUCUCGUUUUGCUUCAGAGAUUGUAAGUAAGGAAUCAGAUAAAGUCCAUAAGUUUGUAGAGGGACUCCAUCAUCAAAUUAGGACUUUUGUGGCAGAACAGUGCCUACAGACUUAUACUGAGGCUGUAGAAAGGGCAUUGAUUGUUGAAGCUGAGCUGAAUGAUAAAAAUCAGACUCUGGAGCAGUGGAAACAAAGACGAGCCAGUGGUUCAGGGGCUGAGGGUCAGUCUAGCAAGAGUCUUUUUCUAUGGGAGCUUGCUUUGGAUGUGGGCAGCAGGGCCACAAGGUUAGAGACUGUCCGAGGAGGACUGGUGGCUCAGGCAGAGGUUCUGGGAUUUAGACCAGCUGGGAGGGGUACUUCUACUGGGAUUGGUCAGCAGUCCGGGGUUCAGGCUGGAGGUUCACAGGCUCAGGUAUCCCAGGGCCGAGUGUAUGCACUUCCUGAGUCAUCCUCGGGACCGUCAGUAGUGAGGGGUAUGUUUCCAGUCUUUAGAUCUUGGGCUCGCAUUUUGUUUGAUUCUGGUACAUCUCAUUCAUUCAUUUCAUGCGCAUUUGCACUUGCAUCGGGAUUGGAGGUUGGCUUUUUGGACCGAGUGUUGCGUGUUGAUACGCUAGUCAGUGGUUUAUUGGUUGUGAGUAUAAUGGUGCGGGAUUGUGCCAUUGUGAUUGCUGGGCGGACUCUGGUUUUUGAUCUUAUCCUUCUUAAGAUGACAGGGUUUGACGUCAUUCUUGGGAUGGAUUGGUUAUCAUUAUUCCAUGCCACCAUUGAUUGCUUCAGUGGUAGAGUUUCAGUAUGUACGCCGGAGGGAGAUUGUUUUGUGUUUGUGGGAGAUCGGGGUGAUUCCUUAGUUUCAGCUUGUUAUGGUGUUCGUGGUCGGGACCGUUGUGAUUUCUUCUUAGCUAGCAUUUUAGCUGAAGAAGAUGGUGAUGUGGAGACAGUUUAUCCGUCAGUUGUUUGUGAGUUCUUGGAUGUGUUUCCGGAUGACUUACCGGAUUUACCUUCUAAAAGAGAGGUUGAGUUUGUGAUUAACUUGAUGCUUGGUACUGCACCAAUUUCUAUGGUUCCGUAUUGUAUGGCACCAGCAGAGCUGGAGGAAUUAAAGAAGCAGUUGGAUGAUUUGAGGCUGAAGGGUUUUAUUCGGCCUAGUGUUUCACCAUGGGGCGCGCCAGUGUUGUUUGCAAAGAAAAAUAAUGGUUCUAUGAGGUUGUGUAUCGAUUACCGAAAAUUGAAUCAUGCAACUAUCAAGAACAAAUAUCCUUUACCUCGGAUUGAUGAUUUAUUUGAUCAGUUAAGGGGAGCUAUUUGCUUUUCCAAGAUUGAUUUGAGAUCUGGUUAUUACCAGUUACGAGUUCGGGGUGAGUGUGAUACCUCUCGGAUCCGAGACACGGGUUGA